CCUUAUAUACCUUGCAGUACUCACUUCACUUUCCCCUAAUCGCCGUUCUCGACUCUGUCUCUCUUGUCUUCUUGUUUCUUAGUCGUCUCACCCCCACUACCGACAAGCGUUCACCAUGCCAGCGCCAGUAGCGAAGCCCCGCACUUUGUACGACAAGAUUUGGGACGACCAUGUUAUCGACGUGAAUGACGAUGGACUGGCCCUGAUCUACAUCGACAGACAUCUCGUGCACGAAGUCACCAGCCCACAGGCAUUCGAAGGACUCCGAACUGCAAAACGUCCAGUUCGCCGUCCUGACUGCACUCUUGCGACCGUAGAUCACAACGUACCUACCGCUUCCCGCAAAAACUUCAGCACCGUCAGCUCUUUUAUCGCUGAGCCCGAUUCCCGCGCGCAAUGUGUGGCCCUCGAGGAGAACGUGAAAGAGUUUGGCUUGACAUACUUUGGGAUGACCGACAGGCGACAAGGUAUUGUCCACAUUAUCGGACCUGAGCAAGGAUUUACCUUGCCUGGUAUCACCUGCGUAUGCGGUGACUCUCAUACAUCCACCCACGGUGCCUUUGGUUCCCUCGCCUUCGGUAUUGGUACCUCCGAAGUCGAACACGUGCUCGCUACCCAAACGCUUCUGCAAAAGAAGGGCAAGAACAUGCGUAUCACCGUCGACGGCGAGCUCCACGAAGGCGUCACCUCCAAGGACGUUAUUCUCCACAUUAUCGGCGUCAUUGGAACCGCCGGCGGCACUGGGUGCGUUAUCGAAUUCGCCGGAUCCGUUUUCCGUGGGUUCAGCAUGGAGGCCAGGAUGAGCGUUUGCAACAUGUCCAUCGAGGCUGGUGCUCGUGCCGGUAUGGUCGCUCCUGACGACAUCACGUUUGAGUAUCUCCGCAAUCGCCCUCUGUCUCCCAAGGGUGAGGCCUGGGACCGCGCCGUCGCAUACUGGCGUAGCCUCAGCACCGACGACGGCGCAAAGUUCGACAUCGAGGUCGUCAUCCGCGCGGAAGACAUCGUCCCAACCGUUACAUGGGGUACCUCUCCCCAGGAUGUUGCCCCUAUCACCGGUUCUGUCCCUAACCCCGUUUCGUUCACCGACCCCGUCAAGAAGGCUUCUUGCGAGCGUUCGUUGGCGUACAUGGGCCUCACACCCGGUAUGCCCUUGGAGGAGGUCACGAUCGACAAGGUCUUCAUCGGUUCGUGCACCAACAGCCGUAUCGAGGACUUGCGCUCCGCUGCGAAGAUCGUCCUCGCCGCUGGUCCCGACGCGAAGGUCGCUCCAAACGUUCACGCCAUGAUCGUUCCCGGGUCCGGUGUCAUCAAGCAGCACGCCGAGGCGGAAGGUCUCGACGUCGUAUUCAAGCGCGCAGGAUUCGACUGGAGGGAGGCUGGAUGUUCCAUGUGUCUCGGUAUGAACCCCGACCAGCUUGAACCCGGUGAACGUUGCGCUAGCACGAGCAACCGUAACUUCGAGGGACGACAGGGCGCUGGUGGCCGGACGCAUCUCCUCAGUCCUGCUAUGGCUGCCGCGGCGGCGAUGACGGGCAAGCUGACCGACGUCCGCAAGUUCCUCGCGGCUGCUACGGGCGCGUCGCAGAAGAUGAAGAUGACCAGCGAGUUCGAGUUCCUCACCGAGACCGUCCUACCUUCACCCGAGCCAGAAGUACCGCCCAUCCACUCCUCUUCAGGUGACCUGCCACCAGCGGAGGCCCCGUCGAGUGUCGAGAAGUUCGUCAUCGUCAAGGGUAUCGCCGCGCCUCUGCACAUCGAGAACGUCGACACCGACAUGAUCAUCCCCAAGCAGUUCUUGAAGACGCUCAAGCGGACCGGUCUCGCCAACGCCCUCUUCUUCACCCUCCGCAAGGAUCCAUACACCGGUGCAGACACCGACUUCGUUCUCAACCGCGCUCCUUACAACAGAGCGAAGAUCCUCGUCUGCACGGGUCAGAACUUUGGCUGCGGUAGCUCGCGUGAACACGCACCAUGGAGCUUGAAUGACUUCGGUAUCCGCUGCAUCAUUGCGCCCAGCUUUGCGGAUAUCUUCCGUAAUAACACCAUGCAGAACGGUAUGCUGCCUAUCGCCCUGUCGGAGGCAGAGUGCCGUGACCUGGCGCAGGAUGCCGAGGCCGGACUGGAGUUGGAGGUCGAUCUCGAGAAACAGGAGGUCAGGAGAGCGAGUGGCAAGCCUUCGAUUCCGUUCACGUCGGAUCCAUUCAGGAGGCAUUGUCUGUUGAACGGGUUGGACGAUAUCGCGCUGACUCUGCAGAAGGAUGCUGCGAUUGGCUCGUUCGAGGAGCGGAGGAGCGCCGUGUGGCCAUGGCUGGAUGGGUUUGGCUACAAGGGGAAGAAGAUUCCGGUGGCACCUGUGAGACGGGGGAAGAAGAUGGAGUGGUGAGCUUGACUCGGAGGUGGAUACGACGGGCGCAUUCUACAGUAUGGACGGCAAAGCAAUGUACUAUGUAUUUUCUGUAAUAUUGAUCUGGGUAAUAG